AUGUCCCCCGAAGAGCUCCGCGAGAAAUACCCCAAGUUCUUUGGUACCAUGGCGUAUCCCUACAUGAACGGUACUCUUCACGCAGGACACAGUUUCACAGCGAGUAAAGUGGAGUUCAUGGCCGCCACAGCCCGCAUGGAGGGAAAGAGAGCCCUCUUCCCUCUCGGAUUCCACUGCACUGGUAUGCCCAUAAAGGCUUGUGCAGACAAGCUCCGCGAUGAGGUCCAGAAGUUUGGAAAGAACUUUGAAGGCUACAAGGAUGAAGACGAGGUGGCUGAGGCUGUCGCUGCUCCUACCCAAGAGGUCAAGGGCGAGCAGCAAGAGAAAUUCUCUGGAAAGAAGAGCAAGGCUGCUGCCAAAACCGUGAAGAUGAAGUACCAAUUCCAGAUUAUGCUGGCCAUUGGAAUUCCCAUUGAGGAGAUCCACAAGUUCGCGGAUGCCUCGUACUGGCUCCAGCACUUCCCACCCCUCGCCAUCCGUGAUCUCGACAGUCUCGGCGCUGGUAUCGAUUGGCGCCGACAAAUGGUCACCACCGACGCAAACCCCUACUACGAUGCGUUUGUGCGCUGGCAGAUGAACCGCCUGUACGAACUCGGCAAGAUUCAGUACGGUAACCGAUACACUGUUUAUUCUCCGAAAGACGGCCAGCCAUGCAUGGACCACGACCGAACCGAGGGUGAGGGUAUUGGUCCUCAGGAGUACACCGCUAUGAAGCUGAAGGUGAAGGAGUGGGCACCCGAAAUCGCGGAGCUCGUGAAGGGUAAAAUUGAGGACGAUGCCAGUGUUUACUUCACCCCCGCUACCUUACGUCCAGAGACCAUGUAUGGUCAAAACUGCUGCUUCCUUGGACCUAAGAUCGAAUAUGGAAUAUUCAAGGUUAAAGAGAAGGAGUACUAUAUCUGCACCAAACGGGGUGCUUGGAACAUGGCUUUCCAGGGAACCUUUUUCGAUAGCGAACACUUUCCUAAGACCCAGGAUGAGUUGCCCACCGUUCUUACGGCUCCGGGAUCCGCAUUUGUCGGCACUCUCGUGGAUGCCCCUCUGUCGUUCCACAAGGAAGGUGUCCGUAUUUUGCCUAUGGAUGGUGUUUCAGCUACUAAGGGUACUGGUGUUGUCACUUGCGUACCAUCGGACAGCCCCGACGACUACGCAACUUUGGUCGACCUUGCAAAGAAGUCCGAGUACUAUGGCAUUCAGAAGGAGUGGGCUGAAUUAGAAAUUUUCCCUCUCAUUGAGACACCCACUUACGGCAACCUCACCGCGCCUGCCUUGGUAAAGAAACUCAAGAUCAACUCCCCCAAAGAUGUCAACCAGCUCGCACAGGCUAAGGAGUUGGCCUAUGGUGAAGCCUUCUACAAGGGAACUAUGAUUGUUGGAGAAUAUAAGGGUGAGCCCGUGAGCGCUGCCAAGGACAAGAUCCGCAAGUCUCUUUACGAUAGUGGUGAUGCUUUCCCCUUCGCCGACCCCAUGGGCAAGGUUGUCAGCCGAAGUGGAGACGACUGUGUCGUUGCCUACCUUGGGCAAUGGUUCUUGAACUACGGUGAGAAUGAUGCGCAGUGGCAACAAGACACCCUUGGCCACGUUGUCAACACACUCAACACAUAUGCAAACGAGACGAAGAACGGCUUCGAGAAGAACCUUUCAUGGCUCAACCGCUGGGCCUGCGCUAGAACAUAUGGCCUAGGCUCAAAACUUCCCUGGGAUCAGCAAUUCCUCGUUGAGAGUUUGAGUGACAGUACGGUCUACAUGGCCUACUACACCAUCGCACACCUUUUGCACGGUGACCGGUAUGGUAAGACCACCGGUACUCUCAAUAUCAACCCCGAGCAGAUGAUCGACGAGGUCUGGGACUACGUCUUCUGCCGACGCGAGAUCAGCGACGAGCUCAUCAACAAGAGCGGAUUGACCAAGGACGCUCUUCUAUCUCUGCGAAGAGAAUUCGAAUACUGGUACCCUAUGGAUGUCCGUGUAUCUGGAAAGGAUCUGAUUCAAAACCACUUGACUUUCUUCCUCUACAUCCACGUUGCUCUCUUCCCUCCACAGUACUGGCCUCGUGGUGUCCGUGCUAACGGACACUUGCUCCUGAACGGUGACAAGAUGAGCAAGAGCACCGGAAACUUCCUAACCCUUAAAGACUCGGUCGACAAGUUCGGUGCCGAUGCUACUCGUAUUGCAUUCGCAGACGCGGGUGACGGUAUUGAAGAUGCCAACUUCGAGGAGAGCGUUGCCAACAGUAACAUCCUGCGUCUCUUCACACUCAAGGAGUGGAUUGAGGAAGUCGUCAAGGAUGACAGCCUCCGAACUGGACCCGCCGACCACUUCUGGGACAGGGUUUUCGACAACGAACUCAACACCCUGGUUCGCGAAGCCAAGAAGAACUACCAAGACACCAACUUCAAGCUCGCCUUGAAGUCCAGUCUGUACGAUUUGGUCGGUGCCCGUGACGCCUACCGUGAGGCCGCCACAUCUGCCGGCAUAGGCAUGCACCGCGAUGUCGUCCUGCGCUAUAUCGAGCUCCAGGCUCUCAUGAUGUCGCCAAUCGCACCCCAUUGGUCUGAGUACAUCUGGCUCGAAAUAUUGAAGAAGGGCGACACCAUCCACCGCGCCGUCUUCCCCGAAGUCCCUGAACCCUCACCCGAGCUCUCCGCAGCAACCAACUACGUCCGCUCAACAUCCUCCAACAUCCUCUCUUCAGAGGCCAACUUCGUUCGCAAGCUCGCCAAGGGCAAGAGCGCAAACUUCGACCCACGAAAGCCCAAGAAGAUCACGAUCUUCGCAGCCAAGAAGUUCCCCUCCUGGCAAGAAAAGUACAUUGACCUCGUCCGUGAAGCUUUUGACGCCGUAAGCAUCUCGAUCAACGACAAAGACCUUAACGCCAAGGUCGGCAAGUUUGGUGAAAUGAAGAAGGCUAUGCCAUUCGUUCAGAACCUCAAGAAGCGUCUGGUCACGACCAAGGAGGCUCCUGAGACUGUCUUUGACCGAAAACUGCCGUUCGAUGAGUUCCAGGUGCUGAAGGAGAUGACCGUGAACUUGAAGAAGACGACGGGCGCGAAGGAGAUUGAGGUUGUUGCUGUUGAUGAGGGUGGCAAGACCGGUGAGGUUGUCGGCUCUGGUGAGAAGAGAGAGGGCCUGCAAGCUGAGAAUGCCGUUCCUGGUCAGCCGACGUUUAGCUUCGUCAACGUGGAGUAA